AUCUUAAAAGCAGGAAGAACUAAUCCGCACAGAUUUAACGCAUUUGCUGCUCUGCUUCCUGAAUUGACGUUGACGACUUUCAUGGGAUUGAACAUUCAAUGAAAGCAAAGUCGAUCGGAGACGGUCAUGGGCAGAGCUCUGAGUAAGCAAUACUGUGCUGUUUGCCCUUGUCGCUGCUGCCGAUCCAAUUCUAAUGACAGCAAUGAAAGGACUUCAAACCGAGCAGGCAAUUUAGUUUAUACGAACCAAAAUGCCGUUCAGUCGCGAUAUGUCGCGCUCUACAAUUACAAACCCCGCACUUCAGAGGAUCUCCCCGUCGAAGAAGGGGAAGAGGUUGAAAUUUUAAGCCAAGAAGGCGAGUGGACAUUGGUCAAAAAAACAGAAGGACGUGAUGCAGAGCAGCUUGUGGAGGAAGGCUAUGUGCCUUCCAGCUUCGUUGCCGAAGUGGGGAGCCUGGCAGCUGCACGAUGGUUCUUUGGCAGAAUGACCCAUGUAGAUGUAAAGAGGUGUCUGCUGCGAGAUGAAAAUCAGAAUGGUUCAUUCCUAGUUUGGCAGAAUAAGGAAAUGGAUGACCUUUAUUUCCUGUCAGUGCGUUAUGGUGACAUAGUGAAACACUACAAACUCAAUGAAGCGGCAGAUUUUCAGAACUUGUCCCGACUAAUCAAUCAGUGUUCAGAAGAGGCAGAUUACUUGUGCACACGAUUAACUAAACCAUGUGUAAAGCUUGAUCGCCCAUCCACUUGCACUUUAGCUCAUAUUGCUGAAUGGGAAAUCCAACACACCUCGCUUCAGAAGAAGCAGCUCAUCGGGAGUGGUCACUUCGGAGAGGUGUGGGAAGGCACCUGGAACGGCACCACUGAGGUGGCCAUCAAAGAACUGAAAGGAGUGGAUUUACAGUCGAAGAAGAAAUUCUUGGAAGAAGUUGAGAUCAUGAAGCAAUUACGGCACGAAAGGUUGAUCAAACUUUUAGCUGUGUGCACAGAAAGGGAACCAUUUUGUAUAGUGACAGAGUUAAUGACAAAAGGAAAUCUCCACAAGUAUCUCAAGUCUCAUUCAGAAACAAGGAAUCUGGAAUUUUCUUUGCUCAAUGGCUUUGCCAUUCAGAUUGCAGAAGGAAUGGUCUACCUUGAAGAGAAAUGUUGCAUUCACAGGGACCUACGGUCUGAAAAUAUCCUCCUUACAGAAAUGCUCUGUUGUAAGAUCUCUGACUUUGGCCUUGCACGCCUGCUUAAGAAUGAUCACGACUGGAUGGCACCUGAUUGUAAAGUUCCAAUUAAGUGGAUGGCACCAGAAAUUUUCCUUGAAUAUAGUUACACUGUAAAGUCUGAUGUCUGGUCUUUUGGUGUCCUGCUGACAGAAAUUGUGUCAUAUGGUGAGGCUCCAUUUCCAGAUAAAAGUAUACUUGAGUUUGUAAAUGACUUAUUGAAUGGAAUAGACGUCUCUCCUCCCGCCUGCUGCCCAGACAGCCUUAAUGAUAUUGUGCUUCAGUGCUGGAAUCGGAAUUCAGAUGAAAGGCCAACAUUUAAAGACCUUCAAGCCAUGCUAUUGAAAUGCAGUCCAAUGCUAAAAACAGAAGAAUUACUUCUAUCAACACUGGAAUGCAACAGUAAGAAACUGGGAAAAUGGCACAGCAUUUAACACACUUGAAAAACAAAUCAAAUUGCAUCAGCUACCAACAAGAGUAGGAUGGGGAUCCUGGAUGAACGUUCAUACUGCAUGUUCAAACAAUAUAAAUACAGAAUUGUAAAUCUGAGAGCACUUGUCUGGAAAUAGCAAUGUCAAACCUCAUUGAAGGAUUCAUGCUCUUCAAAAAUAAGACCAUAGGAACUUAAGAUGUAGGAGCAAAAUUAGGCCAUUUGGCCCAUUGAGUUGCUCCACCAUUUCAUAAUGGCUGAUCCAAUUUUCUGAUCCUGCCUUCUCCCCAUAUCCCUUCAUGCUCCGAACAAUCAAGAAUCUAUCAACCUCUGCCUUAAAUAUCUGAAGCCUUGGCCUCCACAGCUGCUUAUGGCAAAGAAUCCCACAGAUUCACCACUCUUUGGCUCAUCUCCAUUCUAAAAGGUCGCCCCUCGAUUCUGACUUUGCAUCCUUUAGUGUCAAGUGACAUUAGAAUCUUAGACCAAUGUCAUAUGCUACAACAAAAAUAGCCCCAAGGAUUAUUGUAACACUUUUUACCACAAAAUUCAGGACAACUCUUUUUUUCAUAUACAGCACUCAAGUAUAUCAUAAGUAUUGUUUAUAUGGAAGAACUGUGCAAACAUCCAAGUAAAUGGCAGUGUUUUAAGCAGGCUUCCGAGAUCCCUGGAACCUAUCUAGCCAUCAGCCUUUUCAGCAAUUACAGACAAUCUAAUACAGUACAGAGUUUACCAAAUGCAGUCCCAUCUAGUGCCUUUACAAUUGCAGGAAGACACAAAUCCUUUCAAAUAAAGGCCAACGUGCAAUUUGUCUUAUACAGAACUUCUCAUUUCAUAAAACAAUUAGGCAAUUCUAAUCAGGUAGGUACUGAAUACACAAACAGUUGAAACUCUGUAGAUGCUGGAAAUGCUGGAAAUGCUGGAGAAACUCAGCGUACGGUCAAUGUUUUGGGCUGAAACCCUUGGGUAGGACUGGAGAAAAAGAGCUGCGGAGUAGAUUUUUAUAUGGCGGGGAGAGAGAAAUGCCAGGCGAUGGGUGAAACUUGGAGGUGGAAGGAUGAAGCAAAGAGCUGGGAAGUUGAUUGGUGAAAGACAGAAGGCCAUGGAAGAAAGAAGAGGGGAGAGAACACAAGAGGGACUGACUAUAAAGUUAGCACAAAUGUGUUAAGACAUUUGUCAAGGAAACAAACAACACAGCUAUUCGGAAGAAAUCCAUUUGGCCAGAGCAGCAGCCAUGGGAGCUGUGUAUUGUGAGACUAUGAUGACACCUUAUCUGUUCCGUACACUGCCUUCCCAUUCUCACCAACUUUUCACUGCCAACUUUCAGGAAGGUGGAGAAAAUCAAUCAAACUGGGUUAAAUUUCAAAACAAGAAGGUAAGGUUGCUUUUAUUAUGUGAUUAACAUACUUUAAUUAUCUACAAAGAAGCAAAGGUGUGUUAGUAAUUCAAGUAUGUUAAUUGCACAAUAUAUGUCACUGUACCUAUCUGUUUGCCUCUGCCUGUUUGAUAAUUGCAACCAGGAGGUCAGGAUGAGGGCUGUGCAAACAUUAGCAAGCCAUCCCUAAUUGCCCUUGCGAAAGCGAUGAUCCAUCACCUUUGAUCCACUACAAUCUUUCCGGUGAAAACUUCGCACUUGAUGUCCUGCCAUCAGCCAAUCUACCACCAUACCUUUGGUGUCUUCUUGCAAGUCAAGUAUGUAAUCAGACACUGGAGCAGUCCCAGUAGUACACUAUUGAUUAUGUGCUGCCAUCUGGGAAAACACCUGCUCUCUGUUUCCUGUUAUCUAGCCAAUCUUCUGCCCUCUCAAAUGAGUUACCUCUUAGACUAGACUUUUUACUUUCUACAAUAACGUUUGAUUAAAUAUCCUUUCAAAUGCCUUCUUGACAUCUAAUGAUUCGAUGGAUCUACCUUUAUCCACAGCACACUUCUUGAAAGAAACCUGAUAAACUGGUUAAUCGUAGUUUCCUUUCAACCAACUGUUCACUUUGCCUGAGUAAUUUAAAUUUUGCUAAGUGGACUGCUAUUAUGUAAAUAAUUAUACGUCCCAAUGUUUCCAAACAUUUCCCCAUAAGACAUGUUAAGACAUUUAAUCUGUAGAUCCCUGUCUUCUGUCUCUUAAGUAAAUAAGUUGCAACCCAGAAAAAAACCUCUCUUAAUCUAGCAAAUUCUGGAGAAUUAAAAUCAAUUCCUCAACUAUCUUACUAGCUAUUUCUUUUUUUUUAAAGAUCCUAUGAUGAAGUCCUUGGGGAACCAGAGAGUUUUCAGUCUGGAUCUCCAUCAAUUUGUUCAGUACCACUUUCCUGGGGAUAUUAAAUUUCCUGAGUUCCAAUUUUGAUUUACAGCUAUUUCUGGGGUGUUACUUCCUAUAGUGAAGACUGAUGCAAAAUAAUCUUUAACUCUUCUGCCUCCUUUUUACUUUAUAUCAAUGAUUUGGAUGAUACAAAAGCAAGGAUGUAAUGUUGAAACAUUAUAAAGCACUGGUGAGGCCUCACUUGGAAUAUUGUGAGCAGGUUUGGGCCCCUUAUAAGACCAUAAGACAUAGGAGCAGAAUUAGACCAUCUGGCCCAUUGAGUCUGGUCCGCCAUUCAAUCAUGGCUGAUCCUUUUUUUUAAAUCUCCUCCUCAGUCCCAGUUCACAGCCUUCUCCCUGUAAUCUUUUAUGCCAUGUCCAAUCAAGAACAUAUCAAUCUCUGCCUUAAACACACCCAACGACCUGGCCUCCACAGCUGCACGUGGCAACAAAUUCCACAAAUUCACCACCCUUCGGCUGAAGAAAUCUCUCCAUAUCUCUGUUUUGAAAGGGCACCCCUCUAUCCUGAGGCUGUGCCCUCUUGUCCUAGACUCUCCCACUAUGGAGACAUCCUUUCCAUAUCUACUCUCUAGACCUUUCAACAUUCAAAAGGUUUCAAUGAGAUUCCCCCUCAGCCUUCUGAAUUCCAGCGAGUACAGACCCGGAGCCAUCAAACGUUCACAGAAACAUAGAAAGCCUUCAGCCCAAUACAAGCCCUUUGGCCCACAAUGCUGUUCCUUGUAUGAUGAUCCUCAUUUUAGAAGGGAUGUACUGAAACUAGAGCGGGUACAUAGGAGGUUCAUGAAAAUGAUUCCAGGAUUGAAUGGCUUGUCAUAUGAAGAAUGUCCGAUGGCUCUUGGCUUGUAUUCACGAGAAUUCAGAAGAAUGAGAGAUGACCUCAUUGAAACCUAUCAAUUGGUGAAAAGCCUUGAUAAGAGUGGAUGGGCCAACUGGCCUAAUUCUGCUCCUAUAUCUUAUGGUCUUAUAGUCUUCUUGUUUACCAGUGUAUGAACUAUGUAAACUCUCUUUAUCUGUAUUUAUAUUGCCAAAUAUUUAUAGUUUGUGCUCUAAUUUUGUCUUUAUUAAUCUUUUGAACAUAUAUUUUAUAAUUUUUUUUCUGACCUGCCACCCUUCUCUGUGUUAUUGUUUUAAGUGGCUAACUAUAUUUAAGUUCUUACAUUUCCUGGAAUUUUUCUUUCUCUUUGGAUCGUAUCUAUACAGUGUAUUAUGGAGGAUUCCCUCAUCUGCCAUUCUAUUGUCAUGAAUGGAUCCUUUAAUCUAAUCUACCAGUUCACCCUGGCAAGCAUUCCUUUCAUGCCCUUAUUUAACUUGAAAAUACUAGCUUUGCAUUAUUCUUCACUCUUUAACUUCUUGAUCUUAAAAUUAAAUCUUUUCAAAGAAACUACUCCCACAAUAUUCUGUCAGCUCCGAUAUAAUUUUAUCCAUCUGUUUUUCCUGUCUAUAUAGAUUUUAAAUUCUGUUAACUUUCCCCUGUCCCCCUUUACUCUAUUUCCUUUCCCCAUUCCGGCUCCCCUCUUACCCGUUCUUUUCACCUCACCUGUCCAUCACCUCCUCCUUCCCCUUCUGCCAUGGUCUAUUUACCUCUCCAAUUAGAUCCCUUCUUCUUCAGCCUUGUACCUCUUCCACGUAUCACCUCCCAGCUUCUCACUUCUUCCCCCCCUUGCCCCACCCACCCACCCACCUGGUUUCACCUAUCACCUGCCAGCUUGUGCUCCUUCAUCUCACCCUACCUUAUUCUGGCUUCACUCCCCCUUCCUGAUGAAGGCUCUCAGCCUGAAGCAUCAACUGUUCGUUUCUCUCCUUAUUGCUGCCUGACCUGCCGAGUUCCUCCAGCAUUUAGCACAUGUUGCUCUGAAUUUCCAGCAUCUGCAGAAUCUCGUGUUUUGGCCUGCCAAACGUAGACUCCUGCUGUAUCAUUCUGCUCAGCAUUUCAGCCAGCAUCUAGAAACAUUAACUGGCAUUACUUAUGAUGUCACUUCUCACCCCUGGCAUUGACAGCAAGGCACAGAAGAAUCAUUAUAUUAUAACAUAUAUAUCUUCAUCUCAGCUCUACAAUAGUAAACAUUGUAAAGGUACCUGUCCAUCGAGGUGCAGGCUACUUUUAAAUGGUGAUAAUCUCACUGAGCUUCCCAUCUUCUGAACAGGUAUCAUGAUUAGGUGUGCAACUAGCAAUGGUACCUCCUACAGAGUAAUAAAGCCAGAUCACAACAGUAGAUUGGUUCUUCCAAAGCUGUCAGACAGAGCAUGACCUGUAGAUUUACAGCACCUGCAAAAGUCACCCCAAUGAUUUAAAAACUAUAUAUUAAGCAAGCUGUAUUCUUCAGUUUUGCCAUAAUUGAUUGGUACAUAGUCCAGUAACAGUUAAUAUUAUCUGGUCCAACUCGUACCAUUCAGUUUAUGUAUAAACAUAGUUGAUUAAAAAUAAUGAAUUAGUAAUUAUGAUCUCAAAACUGAUGAUGAUUUUGCACUGAGAAUACACAGUGAUUAAUUGGGGACUUCCAACAAACUGAGGCGUGAAUUCCAAAUGGGACCAACUUCCACAACCACAAUUUGAACACAGCUCACUUAUUUUGGGUCUGUAAGGGUUUUUAACCAUUGAGCACAUCCACACAGAGCGCUGACACAGGACAGCAGCAUCCAGCACCAGAGACCCUCACCAGCUAUCUCAUGCUCUCUUCUCACUGCUGGCAUCAGGAAGAAGGUACAGGAACAUCAAGGCUAACACCUCCAGGUUUAGGGACACUCAUUACCCUUCAACCAUCAGGCUUUUGAACCAAACGGGAGAACUUCACUUGCCCCAUUACUGAGAUGUUCCCACAAACAAUGGACUCACUUUCAAGGACUCAAUAUCUCAUGUUCUCAAUAUUUAUUGCUUAUUUAUUUAUUUAUUUAUUAUUAUUAAUUUCUUUUCAUACUUGCACAAUUCAUUACCCUUUGUACACUGGUUGUCCACCUUGUUGGGUACAGUCUUUCACUGAUUCUAUUAUAGUUAUUGGGUUUAUUGAGUGUUCCCAUGAGAAAAUGAAUCUCAGGGUUGUAUAUGAUGACAUAUCUGUACUUUGAUAAUAAACAGAUAAUUACAGAAAUACUAAAAAUAAAUCUCAUACAUUUUACGAAUUUCUUUUGUAUCUAUGUCAGUAAAGUCUUUGUAAAUAUGUAUAUUAUUGUAAUGUUAUAAAUAAAUGCCA